UGAGACUUCGAGGGGUUGCUACCCCUCGACCAGUGUCGGGAAAAUUGCGCAGUUUUAAGCUAAUUGGGUCGUGAAAACCGUUGCGUGUCAUGAAUUUUCUCAAGUUAAUUGCGUUUUCUUGGUGAUCUAAGGGUUGGGGACGCUGGUGUAAAUAUUUGGCGCGUUUGCGCCCAGUACGGCCCAUGACACCCCGCCACUGGUGACGUUCCGAAAUAACCUCACUUUCAAGUCACUGCACACAUUUGUGGUAUUUAAAACUUGUAAUUAGUCAUCACACAGUUAUUAACGCUAACACAGUGAUUUCAGCACGAUAACUGUCAUUCAUUUCUAACCUCACUUUUUUACAAAAAAAAACAUGGGAAAUGCCGAAUUGGAUAUAAUUGAUGGUGCCGAUUAUGUAAAUCAUUACAAGAAUUUAAAAAUCUUGCAUUGUAACAAUCAAAUUAAAGAGCUUCAAACGAUUUUGCGAGACAGGGAGACUUCAAGGAGCGAUUUUAAGUUUUCUGCUGAUAGACUUAUCCGUUUAGUGAUUGAGGAAAGUUUAAAUCAGUUGCCUUUCACCGACUGUAAAGUGAAAACUCCAACAAAUUCGAUUUAUGACGGCUUGAAAUACAAGUCGGGGAAUUGCGGGGUGUCCAUUGUACGUUCUGGGGAAGCUAUGGAGCAGGGGCUGAGAGACUGUUGUCGCAGUAUUCGGAUAGGAAAAAUUUUGGUUGAGUCUGACGCUGACACCCAUGAGGCUAAAGUGGUCUAUGCGAGGUUUCCAGAGGACAUAGCCCAAAGACAUGUUUUACUGAUGUAUCCAAUCAUGUCAACUGGCAAUACCGUCAGCAAGGCCGUCACAGUUUUAAAGGAACAUAAAGUUAAAGAAGAAAAUAUUAUUUUAAGUAAUUUAUUUUGCACACCCGCCGCUGUGCAAACUGUCCUGGAAUCGUUUCCAAAAUUGAAAAUGCUGACUUCGGAGGUCCAUCCAGUGGCGCCGAAUCAUUUUGGACAAAAGUAUUUUGGUACUGAUUAAACUAAAUAAUUUCAAAAUUGUGAUUUAUACUGUUAGCAUUUAUUUUUUGUUAGAUUAACCAAUUUGCACAUUAUUUAUGUUUGAGUUAUAUGAGAAUAGUAGAAUAGUUUAAGACUAACGCUUUUAUUUUUCAAUUUUUUAGUCUCAUUUCUGUGGUUUAAGCUAGUUUGUGUAAUUUAUUUGUUUCUUGUAUCUUGCAGUUUUCUGUUAAUAAAACAAUACAAA